AUGGAGACGCCGGCAAAGAGGCCUCCUAAGCGAAGAGAGGACCGCAUCAUCUUGCAGUUUGACUACGACUGCUUCUACGCGCAAGUCUUUGAAAACAAGCACCCUCAUCUCAAGGGCAAACCCCUCGGCGUCCGCCAGAAGAACAUCCUCGCAACGUGCAACUACCAUGCCCGCGCCAAGGGCGUCAAGAAGCUCAUGCUCGUCACCGAGGCCCGACGCGUCUGCCCCGCGCUCGUCCUCGUCGACGGCGAGGACCUCUCGCCCUUUCGUGACGUGAGCAAGACGCUCUACCGAUUCCUCAGGUCGCACUCGUGGAGCGGAAAGGUCGAGCGGCUCGGCUUCGACGAGGUCUUCAUGGACGUCACCGACGUGGUCGACUACAACCUGUCGUGCCUCGCGCGGGGCUCGCUGGCGCGGUCCUUCUUCCAGCUGUCCCGGAGCGACCCCGAGGCCGGCUUCGCGUGCGACCUGGGUGCCGUGGCGGGGCCGGUACUCGGAGGAGGGGGGCAGCAGCGGUGCGUGGACCCGGAGGAUGUAAGCAUGGUGCGCCUGGCGCUGGGCUCGCACCUGGCCAUGCACCUGCGGGGCCGCAUCGAGCGCGAGUUCGGCUACACGUCGACCUGCGGCGUCGCGACGAACAAGCUGCUGAGCAAGCUGUGCGGCGGCAAGAACAAGCCCAGAAACCAGACGACACUGCUCGCCCGGACCGACGACGACGUCUUGGCCUUUAUGGACGGCCAUCUGCUCCGCGACGUGCCCGGCGUGGGCUUCAAGACGGCGCACCUCAUCGAGACUGCCGUGACCGGCGUAGACAAGGACGACGCCGCGGACUCGCACACGUUCCGGUCGACGGUGACGGUCGGGGAGGCGCGUCUGCAUCCUGCGGUCUCGCCGGCGGCGCUGGAGAAGCUCCUAGCCGGCCCCGGCGCCGAGCGUGGCGUCGGCGCGCGCAUCUGGGCCUUGCUUCACGGCGUAGACGCCACGGAGGUCAAGGCGGGAACGGACGUCCCCUCCCAGCUGAGCAUCGAGGACACGUACAGGGGGCUGGAGACGGUGGCGCGGAUCACGGAGGAGCUGUUCAAGCUGUCGUGCUCUCUCGUGCGACGGAUGCGCGUCGACCUCACAACGACGAGUGGGGGUAGCCGCGGGGCGCAGAGGUGGCUUGCGCGGCCGCGGACGCUGCGGCUGUCGAUCCGGUCAUGGCCGGGGCGGGCGCAAGAGGGGGGCGGGCGCGGCGGCGGCGGCGGCUUCCCCAGCCGGGUGUCGAGAUCCGCGGCGGUGCCGCGCUUCCUGCUGGACCUGGACGCGGACGUGGAGGCGGUCGCGGAGCGGCUGGUGGCGGAGGCGCUGCUGCCCCUGCUGCGGCGGCUGGGAGAGGCGGAGGCGGGAGGGGGGUCGUUGUGGAAUUUGCAGCUGAUCAACGUUUGCGUGGCGAACAUGGCUGCAGGAGCGGAGGGCGAGGAUGGGGAGGGAGGCGGCGGCCGGUACGGGGCGGGCCGGGACAUUGCAGACAUGUGGAAGAGGCAGGACGAGGUUCUGCGGCCGUGGAAGGUGGUGGAAGACGAAGAAGAAGGAGAUGAGGAAGGGCAGAUGGGGAGGAAACGUGGUAGGGAGGUGGAAGAGGACCAGGUGGAUGUGUUUGACGAUGGGUUGGAUGUAGAUGGCUCAUGGCGUGGGGUCAUGGGCGACGAGUGUCGAAUCUGCGGACUGGCAAUCCCGGCGUUUGCCGCGACAGCACAUUUACGAUAUCACGAGAUGCACAAGUAA